AUGUAUAAAUGCGCACGACAUCGUGCUGAUAGAGCUCAACAACUCAUGGGUCAGCUACCAGUAUCACGAGUCACUCCAUCACCUGCACUCACACACACUGGAGCUGACUAUGCUGGUCCAAUAACACUUAAAAAUUGGAGACGUAGAGGAGCAAAAACAUACAAAGGCUGGAUUUGUGUUUUUGUCUGCCUGUCUACGUCAGCAGUACAUCUAGAGGUAGUCAGCGACUACAGUUCUAGUGGGUUCAUCGCAGCACUCUACAGCGAUUUCGGAACGACGUUUAAAGGCGCUGAAACUGAUCUCAACCGUCGGUUCACUCAAGGAACUCAAGAGUCAAGAGAAAUACUGGAUCACAUAAUGGUGAACAGUAUUGCUUGGCAUUUCAAUCCACCAGCAGCUCUACACAUGGGUGGAAAGUGGGAAGCUACUGUCAAAUCACUCAAACACCAUCUUACUCGAACAGUGGGAGAGUCUUCAUUUACGUAUGAAAAAUUUACGACUCUUCUUACGCAAAUUGAAGCUAUAUUGAAUUCAAGACAAUUGGAGCCACUCACGGAAGAUCCAGAUGACAUUGAUGCACUCACUCCUGGUCACUUCUUGAUUGGACGAGCACUCAAUGUGAUUCCUGAACCAGCACUCAUCGAUACAAAUAGUUCUCGAUUGUCAAGAUGGCAAUUUCUACAACAACGUAUUCAACAGUUCUGGAAUCAUUGGUCUACAAGUUAUCUGCAAAGACAACUGGCAAUUACCAAGUGGCAACGUCCAACUCAUCAAAUUCAAGUUGGAUCACUUGUAUUACCCACUGACGAAAGGUUUCCACCAACCAGGUCGCCGCUCGCUCGUUUCAUCGCACUCCACCCUGGCAAAGAUGGAUGA